AUGAAGAAUGAAAUGAUUGAAUCAAUAACAAUGAAAAUGAAUAACUUACAUAAAUUUUAUUCAAUGUUUAUAUUCAUAUUGAUUAUUGUAAUUACUAAUGCAACAGAAAGUAUUAACAAUACAAAAUUAAUACACACGCAAAUAAAAUCAAAACAAUACAAAAGAAUGUACAAUUUGUAUAAAUUAAAAGGUGAAGUUGAAGGAGUAUCAGAAACAAUACCUAAAGUAACAAGAAUUGAAACAACUGUUGAUAAAAAAGUUACAAGAACCAAAAAAAGAGACAAACCAACUACUCAAGAAUCUGAAAAAGGUAAAGAGUCAAAAGAAACACCAGCAGUAAAAGGGUCAAGUGAAACAGUUGGAAGUAAGCAGAAAAAAGAAGAGAUGAAAGAAUCAGAAAAACAUCCAAUGGAGAAAAUGACAAAGGAAGUAACAAGGAACAUCAACACACUGAACGUCCAAGUGGACAAGAGGCUGAAACAACACAUAAUGAACAAAAAGACCAAAACAACCAGAAAGGUGAUGGCAAUCAGAAUGGAAAUGAGAAGGGGAAAAGAAAAAGGAGAAGAAAAUGAAACAAGCCAAAAGAAAAAGGGGAUGAGACUAAAGAUCAGGAAAGUGAUAAUGAAGAUAGCUAGAAAAAAAAACAAAGACGAAAAUGAAGAAAAGAAGGAUAAAGAAAAAACAAGUAACCAAGGAAAAGAAAAGAAGGAUAAUGAACAAGAAAAAGAAAACAAAGAUAGUACUAGUCAACAAAAAUCAAAACACAAGACAAAAACAUUGAAGAAAAGAAUAAUGAACAAAAAGAUGAAAAUAAAGAGGUCACGAAAUUAUGCAUUUUAUUCGUAUUCAUCAUUAUAUUAUUAUAUUGAUUUGUGA